CUCCAACAUAAAAGAAAAACACUUACUUAUCAUCAUCUAUCAGCCGUAGAUUAAGAUAUUUAGUAUCCUCAAUCUAACAAACACAAAAUCACCACGUCAUCAAUCCUUGUCAAAUUCUCUCAUCCAAUCAAAUCCAUUACUUCCUCCUUAAUAUCUUUCACCGCUUCAUCAUCUUCUUCAUCAUCAUCAAUCACAAAAAUCCAAAUCCCAAAACUUUCCCGAGAAAACUAAAAAAAUGGCACCAAAAGCCGGAAAGAAACCAGCAGAGAAAAAGCCCGCAGAGAAAGCUCCAGCAGAAGAAGAGAAAGUAGCCGAAAAAGCACCAGCAGAGAAGAAACCAAAAGCCGGAAAAAAACUACCAAAAGAAGCAGUCACCGGAGGAGUCGAGAAGAAGAAGAAACGAGUCAAGAAAAGCACAGAGACAUACAAGAUCUACAUCUUCAAGGUGUUGAAACAAGUUCAUCCAGAUAUUGGAAUCUCAAGUAAAGCUAUGGGGAUUAUGAACAGUUUUAUCAAUGAUAUAUUCGAGAAACUUGCGCAAGAAGCUUCAAAAUUAGCUAGGUAUAAUAAGAAACCUACGAUUACUUCUAGGGAGAUUCAGACAGCUGUUAGACUAGUGUUACCUGGUGAACUUGCUAAGCAUGCUGUUUCUGAAGGAACUAAGGCUGUUACUAAGUUUACUAGCUCUUAGGUUUAGCCGUUUAGGUUUCGAAUCUUGGUUCGUUUUGAUAUGGAAUCUGAUGGUUUUUAUGUAAUUUGUUGAAGAUUGUAAUGGUGUUAAUGUUUUCUUUUUAAUUUGGAUUUUGUGUUUAGUGACUUGGGAUUCUACAAGAAGUUUGAUAUUUAUGAAUGUUAAAUUAAAAUUUGGAUUUUGGUGGAUGAUUUUGUACGAUGAAUCGGUAAUUUUGUUGUGAAUUAUUCUUGAGCUUAGCUUUUGUUUAUUCACCUUAGAAAUGAUUGAUCAACUAAUCAUCGAACAGGUUAUAACGGAUGAUGACGAG